AUGUACGGUAUAACACCCCACACAGACGACGCAUCUCCUGAUUGUUUUCUUAUUUCUCAUCCUUCACCAGCAAAACUAAACCUAAUUUGAUUCAACUGAAGUUUUCUACAAAGGGUUUUUCUCUAUCUCACUAAUCUUUCAGAGAUUUCAGAGUGAUAACAUUGAUUGGUUUGAGCUCUUUCUACAAUCAAGCUUAAAGGUUCUACAAUCUCGGCUGGCAAAAUGGUGAAUUCAACCAAAGGACAGUUCAUCACAUGUGACAUACCUAUGGCACAAUUCAUCGUCAACAUGAACUCUACACUCCCUGCUUCACAAAAAUUCAUAAUUCAUGUUCUGGACAACACCCACUUAUUUGUACAACCCCAUGCCGCUGAAAUGAUCAGGAGCGCGAUAUCUGAAUUCCGAGAUAAAAUCUCCUACGAGAAGCCGGCCUGAUUUUGAAGUAUGGUUUUUGCAAGGUUAUAAGCUAUUAGUUCGUACUUUUAUGUGAACAACUUCUUGCUAAAAGAGCUUGUAUGUAGUUAUUUUGGUUCUUGGCAUGUGUUCUCUCAUGUUUUUCCUGAAGUAGCCAACUCACCUGAUGUUAUCUUUUGUAAUUUUUUUUGGAAUAUUUGGCAUGAAAGAAAAUCUCUUGUUUUCAGUAGUAUAUCCAAAA